AUGGCAUCGACACCAACCCCUGGAACCGUCCUCCUAGUCGACGUAGACGGCCUCUUCAACGACAACCACGCCCCCAAAUCCAGAGACAUAGUCCUCGUCCCUCAACCAACAGACGACCCAGACGACCCCCUCCGCUGGACCACCUCCCGCAAAACAAGAAACAUGCUCUGCGCACUCGCGUGGUGCUUCUUCGACGCCGCCAUCAUCUCCGGCCUCUCACCAGCGUACAUCCUCAUCGAGCAAGACACCGGCAUUUCCAUCGCCGACCUCAGCACCGGAAACGGCAUCCUGUUUCUCUUUCUCGGCUGGGGAACCCUCGUCACGCAGUGCCUGGCGUUGAACUAUGGCCGGCGUCCUACCCUCGUCAUCUCCAUGCUGCUUUCUAUUGCUGUUACCGUGUGGACUGCGUAUGUGAAGACAAGAGGGGAAUUCUUCAUCAACCGCAUCCUCUUGGGGAUUUUGUGCUCUCCGCAAGAAACGCUGAUUGAAGUCGUUAUUGGAGAUAUAUACUUUGCUCAUGACCGCGGGUUUUACAUGGGUGCUUAUAGCUGGACGUUGUGGUGUGGUGCUUUCCUUGCCCCAGUGGCUUCUGGGUAUGUUGCUGAGAAUUUGGGCUGGCGAUGGAUUCAGUACAUACUGGCGUUGAUCUCGGCUGCAGUCACGGUUGUGACGUUCUUCUUUUUCGAGGAGACCAUGUUCUACAGAGACUUGCGUCCCGAGACAACGACGUUGAAUCCAAACCAGGCAGUUGCUGCGGUGCAAAACGGCCCAAUGGUAUCAGACACUGAAAAGAAGCAAGAUAUCCUGGAGCAAGAGACUAUCCCAUCCACACUCAUCACCACAGCAAACGUAUCAAACAUACCCCCCAGCACAAAGACAUAUCUACAGAAACUCAAGAUCUGGGGGUUCCGCCACCCAAAACAACCCAACACAUUCAAGCUCUUCUUCCUUCCUCUGCAACUCCUCUUCAUGCUUCCGGGAAUGGUAUUCGGCGGUUUUCUCGUCGGCGGCAUCCUAGCAUGGUACAACGUGGUAGGCGGUUCGCUCGCCCUCAUCCUCGGCAACGCACCCUACAACUUCAGCGCCAACAACAUCGGUCUCACCUACCUAGCGUGCGUUGUAGGCGUCAGCAUCGGUUGUUUCCUAUCAGGCUGGAUGUCUGAUGCCCUCGCGCUACGUCUUGCCCGUCGCAACGGCGGUGUCAUGGAGCCAGAGCAACGGCUGUGGACAUGUGUCAUUGCGCUGGUCAUGCAUCCUGCUGGGUGUUUACUCUACGGCGUUGGCGCAUCAUAUCACAUCCAUUGGGUGGCGGUUGUGUUUGGUCUUGGUCUCAUUUCUAUCACUUUGCCGAUGGGGGCUAAUCUUGCGUUUACGUAUAUCCUCGACAGUUAUAGGGAAGUAGCGGGAGAAGGAUUGGUGUCUGCGAUUCUUAUCCGCAACUUGAUGGGAUUUGCAUUUGGAUACGCCGUUGUGCCUAUGAUUGACAACCUUGGACUUCGGUAUGCUUUUGUGCUGAUUGCUGUUUUGGGAUUGGCUUUGUGGUGUAGUGCUAUUGUUAUGAUUUAUGCUGGGAAGCCUUUGAGACGGGUGACCGCGAAGUCGUAUUGGAAUUUGGUUGAGAGAUAUGGUGCGACGGCGCAUUGA